GCAGUAUUUUUUUCGCUGUUAACAUCGCCAAAAAUUUUCCGUCGUCGUUCGGUAUUCCAGUGAAAAUAAUUUUCAAUUCGGAUUUUUCCCUGUAAAAUCCGGUUAGUUCGGUCCGCUUCACUAUUCUCGUGUUUCCAACGGGGUUGCCGCUCUCGUUACCAAAAAGAUGAACCAAACCGGUUCCGGGAUUGGACAGAAAACGUGAAAACAACUAAACCAAAUAAAAGAAGUGCAUUUUUUUUUUUAAAUUUCUUCAUGAGUUACGGAAUUGAUAAGUUAAAAAAAAACAAACUCCAGGCGUUUCAAUUCGAUUCAGAUGAAUCCAAUCGAUUUUUAACGAGUCUCCGACGCAGCAGCCGAUGGGAAUCAAAUUCUGAAGGGUUUUGCUACGUCCUGGAAAAGAAACUAUAAACAUCCGGAACCGGAUUGUGUUGAUCGAAAAAAAAGGUUCCUGGGAAAGAAAGGACAGGGACGUGGUGUUAGCGGCUAUCGCAAUGGAUUUGGUGGAUAUCGAUAAAGUGCUGGAUGAUUUGGAGCUGGACGAAGAUCACACUGGAUGUCGGCCAAGUGUAGUACACUCGGUGCGACCCAUUUCCAAGAUAGGCGAUGGACCAGCAGAUGCCUCUUCGAAUAUGCAGCAGAAUGAACAAGAUACAGCAUCUUCAAACACGAACCCUCAGCUGCAAACCGUUGGCCCGAUCGUACACGAGAACGGCUUCACAAAUCCUGCAUUCGCCGGAGCUGCAGAAAAAAGCAAACUGAAAACAAAUGUAGUAAACGUGUCGACCGUAUUUUCCAGCCUUAACGAGUACGUCAAUGCGGGGACGGAAUUGCAGGAAAAGCUCCUACAAUCGGAUGGUGGAGGGCAUGCCAAACAAUCUAUCUCGCUCGGGGAGAAAAAUGCCGGCGGACCGGAUAGUAAACCACUGAUUUCACCUUCCAGCUCAUCGUCAAUUUCUACGGAAUCUCGAUCGUCGUCCUCUGUAGGCGGUGGACUUGGCUCGACUUCGCCCAUUUCGAACAGCUCCGAGGAAGAAACUGCGGCACAAGCGAGAAGACGACGUCGAAACAGUAGCAGCAACAGCAGCUUUUCUUCAUCAUCAACUUCUACCAGCGAUGGUGAAGAGGAAGGAGCAGCAAGGGACGUUCAUGAGCGAUUGAACGAGGGGCUUUCAAUCAGUGCCGGAGAUUAUAUAUUGAACUCGUCGGACAAUACAACGGUGGCAAGUACCAACGAGGACCAGCAGCUGAGUCAAGUGGCACAGACUAAACCGACAUCGGGAACGACGGCGGAGCAACAAGAUACCUCAGCGUUUUCCUACAAAAACAGUUUGUACUCGGAUACGCUGAGCAACGAUGUGAUUAACUUAGAAGGUAUUUCAUCGAUAUCUUCGAUCGUAGCAGUGGACCUCACCAGUGCUGGGCAGGUAGAAAAGAUUCACGAAGAAGUACCCCGAGCGAUUGGAGAACUAAUUCGAAAGGAAGAUGCUAUGUUAGCUCAACCGGAAGUUUUGGAAGAAGAUCGUACCGAAGUCCGCAAAGUGGUUGGUUUCGAAUCUACAAUGGAUGACGUUUCUGACACCGAACUAGAAAGCUAUUUGCAGGAAUUGGAAGAAUAUGACAUACAACAGAAUAUCGUGCCGGUGUCAAAUGUGACCCCUUCCUUUAUAGCGGUCGAGGAGCAACCAGCUAUCGUGGAGGAAGUGAAAGAAGAAAUGGUUGAAGUAAAAGAUAAGAAAGAUACUAUGAGUAUCGGCAGCCACAAUAGUAUUGACACCAGGAGCGAUGAAAGUGUACCGGAAUCAAAUAAGGGAGACAAUGAAGACGAUCUUAUAUCACAGGCAUCGACUCUUGAGUUUAACGAUCUAGCUGCCAUGAAUGCUGCUAGCAAUACAAAUAUAGCCUCAAGCAUAGUGGCCGAUGACAUUGCCGAUAACGAUGUUCCUGAGUUCACCAAUCCAGAAAAUGUCGAUGACGGUAGUGAAAUCAGGUUUAUCGACUCCACCGAGACAGAAUCAGCAGUGGCGCGAGAGCAUGUACCGUUGGCAGAAGAAAUCAUUGCUAUCACUGGAGACACAGAUCAACAAUUUAACCAGACAGAACCAAUUAUCCAGAGACACUUGGGGACCGAUCGAGCAGUGCUGCCACGACCUAACUCGCUGGAACUAUCGACCCAUCCUGAAAGCAACACGCAAAAUAGACAAAGCUCCCCAGGCCAUACUCCACCAUCAUCCGUUUCGCAUGAGAUUGAUUCCGAUCAGGGCCUUACUUUGUCAUCCACUAGUUCCGAUGACUUUGCACCAUCGGUUACGACAGUUCCUCCACCAUCGGCGCCUCCCAGUGAACCUAACGAAGACAUGAUGCUAGAAGGCGCCGUCGGAGGUCACGAUCCAUCCAUUGUUCUGAGCAGCGCUCAGGCUCAGCUCGGCAAAAUUCCCCCCUACUGGGUGCCGGACAAUUACACCAACUUUUGCAUGCAGUGCAAUCAAAAAUUCUCUCUCAUCAAACGACGCCAUCACUGUCGGGCAUGUGGUCAGCUGCUCUGUUCCGGUUGCUGUUGUUUGAAAGCCAAACUGGAAUACCUCGGCGAUGCUGAGGCAAGGAUCUGCAUCUCCUGUGAUAUCAUUCUCAAUAAACAGCAGCAAGCCCUCGAGGAGGCACAGUACGGUUCGCAAUUUGCGGUGGCAGCCGGGGCAUCCGGAUUGCGUCAGCCCAAUCCAAACAAUCCGAUGGAAUACUGUUCCACCGUGUCUCCCUUCCAGCAGGUCAGUGGUCAGCCGCAAUCGCCGAUAUCGGUAAUGGUUCCGGUGGGAGUGCUCAAGCGUGCCGGGGCUCCCCGUUCCGGAAAGAACGGCAAAACGGUUAUCUUCAGCGAUGGCAUCAGGCCCGGGUGCGAUCUUACCGAACUGGACGAAAACUGGGAUGCGCAACCUAAAACUUCCCCCUCGAUUCCUGGCGGUGCCGAUAAACGCAAAGGACGCGUGCAAACACCCGUUGGCGAAAAUGCCCCCGCAAUUCCCAGUGAAAAACAAUCCCUCAUUCCUUCCGAAGAGAACAAGUUGCCCCCGAUAGUGAAACAGGUGACGGUUAAGGAAACCAAAUAUAUUGACAUAGAAAACGACGCCUCCCUGCUGGCCAGUUUGCGUGAUGGAACGCUUACCUUUGCACUACAGAGCAACUUCCACGUGCUAGUCACGAUCGUAGAGUUGAGUUGCUGCGUCAACAAGACUGUGAUCAACUUUACGACCCGAGGAAUGCACUUCGUUGGCCAGGAUGAGAUCGUAAUUUUGCUGGAACUGGGAGAUUCCAAGCAGCUUCCCAAAGAUAUAUUUGUACAUUUGAACGAGAUCUACGAAGAUGCCGAUAGUGGUAAUACGGUUUCGGAGCUGGGCUUCAGUCCAUCCAAGAAGUCCAACUUCCUAGGGUCGAAAAAUCACGGCGGAUUUUUGUUCAUUCGACCAACGUAUCAGUGCAUGCAAAAUGUUAUCAUCCCCGACUCUCCUUACUUGGUGGGCGUGUUAAUCCAUCGAUGGGAGGUUCCAUGGGCCAAGAUUCUUCCCUUGAGGCUAAUGCUAAGGCUAGGGGCACUCUAUCGAUACUAUCCCAGCCCUCAUGUGAGCGUCCGAGAUCGGGAAUCAGUAUACGUUGAGAUAGCUCAAACGGUGAUAAACCUUCUGGCGGACUUUAGGAACUAUUCUUUCACCAUUCCAACCAUCCGAGGCAUGAUGAUUCACAUUGAGGACCGGAAAACAAGCAUUCUCAUUCCGCGGAAUCGGUUCGAGCAGUUUAUGAAAAUUCUAGCCGGAUCCAGUGAACAAACGCUAGCGUUGGGAGGUAAUUUCAGCAAAGUAGCAGAUGGUCAUCUCGUUUGCAUUCAAAAUACAGAGUCCGGAUGUCCGGAGGCUACCCAGUAUUCAACCCAGGCGAUCAACAUUGAAGGUCAACCACGAAAAGUGACCGGAGCUAGUUUCCUGGUAGUCAAUGGCGUUCUCAAGGCCAACAGUGGACUGCUCGGGAAAUGUAGCAUCGUAGAGGAUGGUUUGAUGGUACAGGUUUCUCCGGCUAAGAUGGCCGAAAUCAAGGAGGCACUGCUGAACAUGAAAGAUUAUCGGAUCGUGUGCGGACCGGUAGAAGGUGACGACAACCAGAAGGAGAUCGUCAGCAUUGAAUGGACUGAAAAUGAUCUUAAUUUCAACGUAGGGGUUGUAUCUCCGAUCGAUAAAAAACCUAUGGACGGAAUUCCAAGCAUAAGGGUGCACCGAGGAACAGAUUAUUCAAACGCCAAUCACAUCAUGCGAUGGACUGAGGUCUUCAUUAUAAAGGGUGAUGAAGAUUCCAAUCAUCCUGGGGACCCUAUCAACAUGUCGAAGCUCUCGGAACAGGUGGCGAGGAGUGCGUGCAUGGCACUGGUGGCCUUCCUCGAUCUUCUGGCUUCGAAUGGAUUUCUUAAAAUUGGUUUGCGGAUCAUGUUGGAUGCCGAAAAUGUUUCAUACGAGGCUGGAAGUCAGUUCAGCAAGCUGGGUCCUCUGUACAUGAACGCGUUGGAUAAUCAGCUCAUCGGGACGCUAAAUCAUCAGGCCAACAAUCUGCACCUGGAUCAGCAGAUAGUCUUCGAGCUGAUCUUUCACAUCAUGAAUAAGUAAGGGUGGCCCCCGUCGACCACCUACAAGUAGAUGUCUUACUAUAUACAUACACAUAGCUUAGCGGAACAUACUUACGUGCCGGUUAGUCAUGGACACCAAGGGCAAGGAAUGCAAUCUACGUAGCUGAGAUCUAGUAAGGAUUUGAACAUAAAAAUGCAUGUUUGUAAAGAUUUUUUUUCGUACGUUAUGCGAUCGAUAUUAAACUGUAGAGGAUAAUAAAGUAAUCCGUUAUUACAUGUGCAUCAGAAGUUACGACGGGAUCAGAAGUUGAAACUUAGAAGCCUCUGUUGAUAAAAAUAUACAUAAACAAAUAUAUUUACAAAAGUGACGAUAAUUUGAUAGAAACUUUAAGUUCAGAGCAAAGUGUACUAAUGAAGUGUGAUCCUAGAGCGCGAAUGCGGAGCGGGAAUCUGUUGUAAUUGAAGGCUAAUAAAUUGUCUUUAUACAAAUAUUUCUUGUAUAGUUCACUUAUUAAAUUGUUUACCCAACGUAAGUAUUUAUAUUUUAUUUAGGAAUUUUAAAUAAAGCUA